AUGAGUCAUACACCAUGCCUGCUAAGCCAGACUGCUGUUCUCAGGUGUGAUGGAAGUCACUGUCCCUUUGCCAGUGCUGAAGUCAGAUCCAGCUGCCCUUCCAGCCAACUCCUGCUUCGGGCAGCAAAUUGUCUUGGGGCAGGCCUUGUGCAUGCCCCCAAGUUGGAUGAUGCCUUAGUAUGUUUAACAUUGCACUUGAUAUGCUAUACAAUUAAAAUUGCUUUUGCCUUCCCUCAGCAUCAAACAAGGAAACUAACCCUAGCCAAGUGGUCAGAUAGGGGGAAACUUGGGUCAGAUUGGUUUAUAACUGGCUAG